AUGAGCAAGAAAGGAGCCGUCCCUGAUGCAUGGGACGAUGAUUGGGAAACCCUCGCAGACAAACCAGAAGACCCCCAAAAGCCGGUCCAACAGGCUGUAAAAAUAACCAAGGCUGAGCGCAAGGCCCAGCACGCCGAAGCCAACAGGCAGCUAUGGCAAUCAGCCGAGGACUCCAAUCCGGACCCGUAUCAGUUCCUCAAAGCCCGCGAAGAUGUGCCGCUUAAGACGGACUUCAAGCCCGCAUUGAAGGUGCUGAGUCGUAAGCCGCCACCAACGAUUGCUAAGCCCAAUGGCAUCGAAACUGGCGUAGCAGGAAUGCAAAUAGCCGAUGACGGCGAUGAUAGCGAAGAGGAGGAGCGCAAGAAGAACGAGCAAGCGUUCGCAGAGCGCCAGGCAAAGGCUGCUCGUGAACGAGAGGAAAAGCAGCGCAAGUACCAGGAGGUACGAGAGCGCCUGUUUGGCUCAUCCGCUUCCGGAGCCGAGGAAUCUCCUAGUCGCGGCUCCUCCUCGAAGGCUGAGGGCGCAGGAAGAACCGCUCGUAGCAAGGGCAGACGAGAGAGUCCGUCGGUAUCGUCGGCGGACCAAUCUCCAGCCCGUGCGGGGAAUCAGAAGAAGCAGCUAUACGAUCCGGGAUACACGGCCAAGCCGAACUCGGUGUACUUGCAGAAGAGGGAAGCUACCGAAGGACGUUCAAGGCCGGCCACUCCAAGUGAGGAGCAACCGACCCGGAUGCCACGCGGACCCGAUGGAAGCGGAAGAGGAGGCUUCGGCUUCGCGCCGAGGGGAAACAAGACUGGAUCAGCCGCUUGA